UGAGAAGAAACUUUGUGAAAUCUGUGGUGAAAGUUACAACCAAGAGAAUGAUUUGUUGGUCCACAUGGAAACUCACACAGACAAGAAGCCGUUUUCUUGUGAAGCAUGUGGAAAAUGUUUCAGCAGAAGGAGUCAUGUGUUGGUCCACAUGAGAACUCACACAGGUGAGAAGCCAUAUUCUUGUGAAACAUGUGGGAAAAGUUUUCGUCAUCAGAGUCAUAAGUUGGACCACAUGAGAACUCACACAGGUGAGAAGCCGUAUUCUUGUGAAACAUGUGGGAAAAGUUUCAACAGAAGGAGUUAUUUGUUGGUUCACAUGAGAACUCACACAGGUGAGAAGCCGUAUUCUUGUGAAACAUGUGGGAAAAGUUUCAGCAGAAGGAGUUAUUUGUUGGUUCACAUGAGAACUCACACAGGUGAGAAGCCGUAUUCUUGUAAAACAUGUGGGAAAAGUUUCAGCAACCAAAACCAUGUGUUGGUCCACAUGAGAAUUCAUACAGGUGAGAAGCCAUAUUCUUGUAAAGCAUGUGGAAAAUGUUUCAGCACAAGGAGCCAUUUGUUAGUCCAUAUGAGAACUCACACAGGUGAGAAGCCGUACUCUUGUGAAACAUGUGGGAAAAGCUUUGGUCAUCGGAGUCAUAAGUUGGUCCACAUGAGAAUUCACACAGGUGAGAAGCCAUAUUCUUGUGAAACAUGUGGAAAAAGUUUCAGAGACCACUGUAAUUUUGUGACCCACAUGAAAACUCACACAGGGGAGAAGCCUUAUUCUUGUGAAACAUGUGGAAAAUGUUUCCUUCGUCGGAGUAAUCUGUUGGUCCACAUGAGAACUCACACGGGUGAGAAGCCGUAUUCUUGUGAAACAUGUAGGAAAUGUUUCAGUCAGCGGAGUCGUUUGUUGGUCCACAUGAGAACUCACACAGAAGAGAAGCCAAAUUGUUAUGAAAUGAUUUACUGA